UCUGCACGAGUCCAGCAGGACUGCAUGCGCGCGAUAUUCGCGUUAAUCGCCUGCAUGGAAUCAUACACGCAGGUCGGGAAAUAUUAUUCCCAGUUUGCGUGCUCUUGACACACAGAGCUCCGUGAAAACGAGAAGUCUCACGGUCGAGAUCGACGGAUCGACAAUCGGAAGGAUAAACAAAGGGUUCUCCCUCGGGUCCGCGGAGGGAUCGGUGUUUGCUCGAAACAUAACGUCAUUAAACGAUACACAGAAAGUGACGCCUGUUUCCGAGGAUUAUGGUUCACCAUGAAGAGCAUCCUCGCGCUACAUGUCGUUGAGAUACUUCUUCUUCCGGUGCUCGCGCCGAUCGGAGACACGGAGAUACUGUUCAGCCAAUUCAGAAGUGUCUAUCCGUACGAGUACCUCUUGAAACGAAGCACCUACGAAUGCGACGGAUACCUCUUGCUGGGAUCGAGCGACGCGGAAAUCCUCGGGCUGAUUGAAAAAAUAUCACCGUUAAUAUGGAAAACGAAGGAGAUCCUCGUCAUCGUGAACAACCAGACUUCCGACGAUUCCGGUGUGCUUAACCGCUCCUUGUACGGAAUCGCGAACGUGAACGUGGUCUCGAUGUCCGGGAUGUGGAAGCUGUCAGAAAAUUAUCUAAAUCCUCGCGAGUUCAGGAAAUUGGACAGAUACGAAGAAAUGAUACACAAUUACGAUAAAAUCGACUUUCGGGGCAGAAUGCUCCGAAUCUGCAGUAUACAUCGGCCGCCGAUGACUUUCUGGAAUCAUACGAUCAAAACGUCUGUAAACAACCAGGAAGCGGACGUCUACGUUGUCGAUGACAACUGGGACGGCGUAGAAAUGCUACUGUUCCUAAACAUCGCGGAGAAAUUGAAUUUCACUUGGACCGUAAUGAAACCUGAAGGAAACUACACAUACGGACACAAGAUCAACGACACCUUCUGGGAAGGUGGUAUGAUAGGAAUGUUGUCUACGAACAAAGCGGACAUGGCGUUCGGUAGCAUAUGGAUGACGCACACUCAGUUCAGAUUUACCAACUUCUCGGUACCUUGGUACCAAAUGUUCGUACACAUUUUAGUUCCCCGUCCACGCCGAGCCACAAGCUUCUGGGCGAUCGUCAAACCCUUCUCGGCAGAGGUGUGGUACUUGCUCGCGUUCACGUUAAUCCUCUUCAGCCUGUACACGUGUGUUCGCGCCUGGAUCGAUCCGAAAUUUCCGAAACGUCACCGAAAUUACAUAAUUACCCUAACCGACCUGAUCGGUUGUUUCCUGAGCAGUUUCGUGCCGAAAACUCUCGCGCACAACAAACUCGAGAUACUUCUCUGGCAGACCACGGGAUGGUUAAUAAUUACCGCUUAUUGCAGCAGCCUAGCAGCCAGACUGGCAACUUUGGAAUACGAGAGCAGAAUCGAUACCGUUGAACAAUUCGUCAGGAUGAAUCUGUCAUGGGGAAAUAUGGGUCAGGCACCGCCGUUCAACGACUAUGUCGACCCCACGGACCCUUUCUCGUUGCAACUUCCGAGCAGGUAUCGUCACGUGGAAAGUUUUGCGGAAUGGAGAAAGCUUACGAUGAGAGGUAACUUCGGUGUUCUCGGGAAAAUGAUCGGUAGAUAUUUCUACCCGGAAGAGUACGUUCCCGAUGACUCAUUGAAGAAUUACAGAGUCAUGAAGAACUUCAUUGGAUAUUUUCAUACAGCUUUUGCUGUGCAACCGUGGCUUCUGGCAGCUACAGAUAAGGUACUAUUGUCGUUAAGGGAAAAUGGUAUCGUAGACAGGCACUUGAAUCACGUCUCCCACAAACACGAUAGUCGUAAUCUUCGCGAAGUUCUCGUUGAACACGAUAGAUACGACGGAACUGUGCAAGUUCUUGGACUGACUCCCCUGGCAGCCGGAUUCUUUUUUCUCCUUUUCGGAUCUUUAGCAGCCGCAGUUGUGUUUUAUUUGGAACUGAGAUGUGCAGCAAGAGCGACCUCGAUUCGCCAUAUUCUGCGCACCAUCAACGAUAAACGUAAAACCACGGGAAAAAGUGGCGAGAAGUUCUUCACGGUUUCCGAACACGGCACUGAAAGAUCCCUAUCCUGA